CCUCCGCUGCUUCUGCAUGGGGGUCUCACGCCAGUGCGCCAGCUCCUCCUGGAACAGAGAUCAGGUGCAGCUGGCUCACGAAGAUGCCCAGCGGGGUCAGUUCAGCCUCGCCAACUCGGCCAACACCCAGACGGUCAGCGAGGGGAUUCGCUUCACGGGCGGCUCGGAGCUCACCUUCUCUUCCUUCCACAUUCUGCCACGGGACGUCUACUACUGGGUGUUGCCCGAGCGCUUCAGGGGAGACAAG